AUGCAGGUUGAGAACACUCCAGUAGAGAUGGAAAUUGACACGGGAGCGUCAGUCACUAUCCUCAGUAAAAGGACGUUGAGGAACCUGGAGGACCAAGGCACAGGACCCAAUCUGAUGGGACGGGACUGGCUACAAACAUUCAAAUUAGACUGGGCAAACAUUUUCAAGUUGGAAACUAGUAAUAUGGAGGGGGAAGUGAAAGCAAUUAUAGAUGCUCAUCAAGAGGUGUUUAAGGAAGGACUUGGGACAGUACGAGGGGUUAAGGCAAAAAUCUAUGUCGACCCAGAGGCCCACCCUAGAUAUUUCAAGCCACGGCCAGUUCCCUACUCCCUCAAAGAGAGGAUUGAAAAGGAACUGGAUAGACUUGAGAGAGAGGGAACUGUGGAGAAAGUCCAAUUUUCAGAAUGGGCUGCACCAAUUGUUCCAAUUGUAAAAAACGACGGUUCCAUAAGAAUUUGUGGCGAUUACAAAACGACUGUAAAUGGAGUAUCUAAGCUAGACAAUUAUCCCAUACCUAAAAUAGAGGAUCUAUAUGCCACACUCAGUGGAGGAAAACGUUUCAGCAAGCUUAAUUUAAGCCAGGCUUACCAACAACUGGAGCUUGAUGAUGAGUCGAAGAAAUUCGUAACCAUAAACACCCACAAGGGACUAUACCAAUACAACCGUCUGCCGUUUGGAGUAUCUUCAGCCCCGGGAAUCUUUCAACGAGUAAUGGAAAACCUAUUACAAGGAAUCCCUCAUGUAUUGGUGAGAAUGGACGACAUUCUAGUCACAGGGGUGAGUCAAGAAGAACACCUUAGUCACCUGAGAGAGGUUCUGAGAAGAAUCCGAGAUGCUGGGAUUCGACUUAAAGCAUCCAAGUGCAUUUUCCUCGCAAAGGAAGUAGUGUAUUUAGGACACAAGGUAAGCGAAGAGGGCAUACAACCGGUAACUGAAAAGGUCAAGGCCAUUCAGGAGAUGCCCGCCCCAACAAACUUGAAGGAACUUCAAGCGUACCUGGGAAUGUUAAAUUUCUAUAACAGGUUUCUACCCAAUCUGGCUACGGUGUUGGCGCCUCUCCAUGAACUAUUAGUAAAAGGGAAAAAAUGGAGAUGGGCUAAGGAACAACAGACAGCAUUCAAGAAAUCGAAGGACCUUUUGAUCUCAGCUGAUGUGUUAGUACAUUUUGAUUCAAAAGAAGAAGUUGUGCUUUGCUGUGAUGCAUCUCCCUAUGGUGUAGGAGCGGUUUUAGCAAUCAAAAUGGACGAUGGGGCAGAAAGACCUGUCGGCUAUGCGUCAAGAACUUUGACAGCAGCAGAGAAAAACUAUUCUCAUUUGGAGAAGGAAGGUCUAGCCAUGAUAUUUGGAGUUAAAAAAUUCCAUCAGUACCUGUUUGGCAACCAUUUUAAAAUGUAUACAGAUCACAAACCCCUACUGGGACUCCUCAAAGAAGAUAAGAAAAUUCCUGAAAUGGCAGCAGCACGUAUUAUUCGUUGGGCAUUGACCUUAGCGGCUUAUGAGUACACCUUGGAGUACCGCGAAGGAAAACUGAACUAUGCGGAUGGACUCAGUCGAUUGCCAAUAGAGGAGAAAUCGACACGUACAUCACAAGUCCCUGUGCCUGGAGAAAUAAAGCUAGUCAUGGAACAUCUUGAGGAAACACCGGUAAAUGCCAAGAAAGUGAGAGAAUGGACGGGACAAGACCCUAUUCUAGCAAAGGUUGUAGACUACGUUAAGUCAGGUUGGCCUGAUAAAAAUCCUAGUGCAGACAUGAGACCUUAUUAUAUAGUAAGGAAGGAGCUUAGUGUGGAGGAUGGAUGUCUUAUUUGUGGCAGUCGAGUUGUCAUUCCCCUCAAGGGACAUGCACCAAUUCUGGAGACAUUACACGAGGGACACCCUGGAACAAACCGGAUGAAGAGUUUGGCUCGCGGUUAUGUAUGGUGGCCUAAGAUCGACUCGGAUCUGGAGGAGGAAAUUCGCAGCUGUUCACUCUGUCAGUUGAACAGGAAACCACCCCCAGAAGCACCCCUGCACCCGUGGGAUUGGCCGAACCGACCAUGGGGCCGAAUACACAUUGAUUAUGCAGGACCAUUUAUGGGGAAAAUGUUCCUGGUGGUCAUUGACUCUCAUUCAAAAUGGAUGGAAGCGUUUCCGAUGAAAACAUCAACAUCGACAGCGACAAUAGAGAAACUCAGAGUGGCAUUCGCUACACACGGCCUGCCAGAAAUGAUCGUUAGUGACAAUGGCUCAUGUUUUACGAGUCAAGAAUUUGACAAUUUCAUGAAGGAAAAUGGUAUCAGACAUGUGAGGAGUGCUCCGUAUCACCCUGCAUCAAAUGGUCUUGCUGAACGAGCCGUUCAGAUCCUAAAAGACGGUCUCAAGAAACAGACGGAUGGAACAGUGGAGCAAAAAACUAGUCGUUUUUUAUUGACUUAUCGGAUCACACCACAGACGACCACAGGGAUUGCACCGUGUGAGCUUUUGAUGAACCGUCGAGUGAGGUCAAGAUUAGAUCUAGUCAAACCAUGUUUGGAUACCAAGGUCGUCAGGAAACAAGUUGGGCAAAAAGAGUACCAUGAUCGAACAUCUAAAGAACGGAAUUUCACAGCAUCAGAUGCAGUGUUUAUAAAAAACUUUGCAAAAGGUCCGAAGUGGCUGGAAGGCACCAUUGAGUUAAGGUCUGGUCCUGUAUCGUACACGGUACACCUUCAAGAUGGUCGAGUCAUGAAACGACACGUGGACCACAUUAGGAUUCGUUACUCUCCUGACAGUACAGAGGUAGUAGAUAACUACAGAGGGAGGGAAAUGGACGAUCCCAGAUUACCUAGUGUUAGCCAAAGCACAAGCGUUAGUCCGAGCACUGUACUACCGAUUUCCGAGAAUCCAGCAGAACAAAUUCCAGAGAACCAAUUCCAGAGAUCUGAACUUUCAGAGACUGUGUCAGAGUCUCCAGCAAUUCUCCCUGCAAGGAUUCGUCCAGAGAGAGAGACAAAACUUCCAGUGAAGUUCAAAGACUAUGUUUGUUAA